AUGUCCACCAUUGCCACCAAAAUUUUCCGCACCGCCAAUGCGCCCAACACCCAGCCCGACGAGACAGAAAAGAGCGUUGCUCAGGCGCUGAUCGACCUCGAAAACAACGUUCCCGAGCUCAAGACUGAGCUUCGCGCACUCCAGAUCUCUGCUGCCCGUGAGGUUGACGUCCGCGGUGGAAAGAAGGCCAUUGUUAUCUUCGUCCCCGUUCCCCAAUUGAAGGCAUUCCACAAGGUCCAACAGAGGUUGACCCGUGAACUCGAGAAGAAAUUCUCUGACCGCCACGUCGUUUUCAUUGCGCAGCGCCGCAUGCUCCGCAAGCCCACCCGCAACUCGCGCGUCAAGCAGAAGCGCCCCCGCAGCCGCACCCUCACGAACGUCCACGAGAAGAUCCUGGAGGAUCUCGUGUACCCCACUGAAAUUGUGGGCAAGCGCACCCGCGUUGCUGUUGACGGCUCGAAGCUCCUCAAAGUAUUGCUCGACUCGAAAGACGCGACAUCGCUGGAGUACAAGCUGGACUCAUUCUCAUCUGUGUACCGCCGCCUGACUGGCAAGGAUGUUGUAUUUGAGUUCCCUGUUGUCUCGCAGGAGUAG